AUUUGUUGGCCUUCUAAAGAGCUGGCGACAAAUUGAGUUUUUUUUUCUUCAAAUAUGAAACUGUUAGUACGGGUAAUUGAAGCUAGAGAUAUACCAGCUAUGGAUCUAAAUGGGUUUAGUGACCCAUAUGUUAAAUUACAGCUGGGGAGGCAAAGGUUCAGGAGUAAAGUGGUGAAGAAAUGCUUGAAUCCUUCGUGGUGUGAAGAAUUUACUUUUAGAGUGGAGGACUUGAAGGAAGAGCUUGUUAUCUCUGUUUUGGACGAAGAUAAGUACUUCAAUGAUGAUUUUGUUGGCCAGAUCAAAGUUCCCAUGUCUCUGGUAUUCGAUGCCAAUGACAAAUCCCUCGGAACUGCCUGGUACCCCUUGCAGCCCAAAAACAAGAAGGCCAAGACCAGGGACUGUGGCGAAAUUCUUCUCACAAUAUGUUUCACGCAAAACAAUUCAUUUAUGGACUUGCAACCGCUUGGCGAUCUUGUACCACCAUUGAGGAAGUGUGCAGAUACAACAGUUGAAUCACCAUCAAGGUCUUGUAAUGGCCCUAGGAGAUCGCCUUCUCCAAUGAGAUUAGAUGAUGUUGCUUCUUCUAAGGAGGACAAGUCACAAAUACAAACAUUUGCUGGUCGAAUUGCUCAAAUUUUCAACAAAAAUGGGGAUACGCUAUCCAAUGCCUUAGAUAAAGGCCCUGACUUGUCAGAGUUACCUGAAAUUGCCGAUACUCAAGUUUACGAGAACAAAUCUGAGGGGCAACCUUCAUCUAGCAAUUUUGAAGCAUUAAUGAAAAGCAUGGAGAUGAGAGAUCAAGGAAGUGAAAUACCAAGCAAUUUACCUGGAGGAGUACUUCUCGACCAAUUGUAUGCGAUUGCAUCACCUGAAAUGAAUUCCUUACUCUUUUCGCCAGAUUCAGAUUAUCUCAAAUCUUUAGCAGAUUUGCAAGGAUCUACAGAACUGCAAAUAGGUACUUGGAAAUCUGAGAACAGUGGUGAGUGCCUGAAAAGAGUGAUUAGUUAUAUGAAGGCUGCAACAAAAUUAAUUAAGGCUUUGAAAACAACAGAGGAGCAAACAUACAUCAAAGCUGAUGGGAAGGUUUUUGUAGUUUUGGCAAUCGCAAGCACUCCGGAUGCUCCAUAUGGGAACAGUUUUAGGGUAGAAGUGCUUUACUGCAUCACUCCGGGGCCUGAAUUGCCAUCAGGCGAACAGUCUUCUCGAUUGGUAGUAUCAUGGCGAAUGAAUUUCCUGCAAAAUAUUAUGAUCAAGGGCAUGAUAGAAGGAGGAGCCCGACAAGGUUUAAAGGAAAGCUUUGAUCAUUACGCAAGUUUAUUAGCUCAGAAUGUGAAACCAGUUGAAACGAAGGACAUUUGUUCUGAUAAGGAACAGGUUUUGGCAUCUCUACAGGUGGAGCCCCAAUCUGAUUGGAAGCUGGCGGUUCAGUAUUUUGCUAAUUUCACGGUAAUUUCAACAAUCUUUAUGGGAUUGUAUGUAGUUGUGCACAUCUGGCUAGCCAUGCCAAGCAUGAUUCAAGGACUUGAGUUCGUUGGGCUAGACUUGCCAGAUUCAAUUGGAGAAGUGAUUGUGUGUGGAGUUUUGGUUCUUCAAGGGGAACGGAUGCUAGAGUUAAUAUCACGCUUCAUGCAGGCCAGAGUGCAAAAAGGCAGUGAUCAUGGAGUCAAAGCACAAGGGGAUGGCUGGUUGCUGACUGUUGCCUUGAUUGAAGGAAGCAAUUUAGCAGCUGUUGAUUCAAGCGGGUUCUCUGAUCCAUAUGUGGUGUUUACUUGCAAUGGGAAGACUAGAACCAGCUCAAUUAAAUUCCAGAAAUCUAAUCCUCAGUGGAAUGAAAUAUUUGAAUUUGAUGCAAUGGAUGAGCCUCCAUCGGUGUUGGAUGUGGAAGUUUAUGAUUUUGAUGGGCCUUUUGAUGAAGCUACAUCUCUUGGACAUGCUGAAAUCAACUUCCUAAAGUCUAAUAUAUCAGAUUUAGCUGAUGUGUGGCUUCCUCUUCAAGGGAAAUUAGCUCAGGCAUGUCAAUCUCAGUUGCAUUUAAGAAUUUUCUUGAACAAUACAAGAGGUAGCAAUGUUGUUAAAGACUAUUUGACUAAGAUGGAGAAAGAGGUGGGAAAGAAGAUAAGAUUGCGGUCACCUCAAACAAAUUCAGCAUUUCAGAAACUCUUUGGGCUUCCACCAGAGGAAUUUCUCAUUAAUGAUUUUACUUGUCACUUGAAACGCAAAAUGCCCCUCCAGGGUCGUCUGUUUCUGUCAGCAAGAAUAAUUGGGUUCCAUGCUGAUCUUUUUGGACACAAGACGAAGUUCUUCUUUCUAUGGGAGGACAUAGAAGACAUUCAAGUGGUUCCUCCUACAUUGUCAUCAAUGGGCAGUCCGAUUGUUGUGAUGACAUUACGGCCAGGCAAAGGCUUGGAUGCAAGGCAUGGGGCAAAGACUCAGGAUGAGGAAGGCAGGCUGAAGUUUCAUUUCCACUCCUUUGUGUCCUUUAAUGUGGCACAAAGGACAAUCAUGGCACUGUGGAAGGCUAGAGCUCUGAGUCCUGAGCAGAAGGUACAAAUAGUUGACGAAGAAUCUGAAGCUAAAAGCCUCCAGAUUGUUGAAGAAGAAUCUGUAGCCGAAAACCUCCAAGUAGUAGAAGAAGAAUCUGAAACCAAAAGCCUCCAAACGGAAGAGACUGGAUCCUUCCUGGACCUUGAGGAUGUCAAGAUGUCUAUGGCUUAUUCUUCUGUUAUUUCUGUUCCUACCAGUUUCUUCCUGGAGUUAUUCAGUGGGAGUGAAAUGGACCGUAGGGUUAUGGAAAGAGUUGGUUGUUUGAAUUAUUCUCAGAGUCCUUGGGAAUCCGAAAAGGCUGAUGUAUAUCAGAGGCAACUUUAUUACAAAUUUGAUAAACGUAUUUCUCGUUAUAGAGGAGAGGUGACAAGCAUUCAACAAAAAUCUCGGCUUUCUGAUAGAAAUGGUUGGCUCAUUGAAGAGGUCAUGACUCUCCAUGGGGUUCCACUUGGGGACUUUUUCAAUCUUCACCUGAGAUACCAAGUUGAGAAUCUGCCCUCAAGAUCCAUCGGAUGUAAUGUCCAAGUACAUUUUGGAAUUGCAUGGCUGAAAAGCACCAGACAUCAGAAAAGGAUCACGAAAAACAUUCUUUCAAAUCUGCAAGAGCGCCUCUUGGUCAUGUUCAGUAUACUUGAGAAAGAAUUUGUGUCAGGAAAGUAGAUGAAAACUGUAGUCUUGGCGUUAAUUUUUCCAAUUGAAAUGGAAAGAGUUGAUCUUUUUCGAAGCACCAUCUUUCUGUAAUCGCUCAUUUGUCUUGGUGCAUCGUUAACUGAACAGAGCAUUCUGACGGAAGACUGAAGCUAAGUUGCAUAACUCAAGUGGACCAUAUAAAUUUGGGUACCUUACGGUAUUUGUGUGCAUCACAGAUGGAGCUCCACCGGAAUGAGCCUUCAGCACCGGUUUGGAUGAGUAAUGCAGUUCGAGGUGACUGCAGACUGCUGGUGAUGUUCACAGAAGCUAAAAGCAGUUAUUGGUUGGAACUUUGUUGAGAUAUAAUACGAUAUCAAGUUGGUGCUGAAGAUUGUGUCUACACUUGCAUUUAGUGUCAUUUUAAAGCACCAAUAGUUUGUGCCUGUUUGGAUAUGCUGUCAAAAAAGUGUAGAAAAGUAUUAGAAAAGAGUAUUUUGAUUUUUUUUGUAUCCUAUAACUUGUUUGAUUUUAUGAUUUUGAAAAUAAUUUUA